UCCUUUCUCUUUUUUCCUCACUUCACUCGCGCCGCCUUGAUGUCGCCGGUGACCGGAGCACGCCUCCCCCUCUUGCCGGAAUCCAAGGAAGCUGCGAGGCCAGCAACCGUGUCCGGCGCCGUGUUCAAUGUUGCCACGAGCAUAAUUGGCGCCGGGAUUAUGUCUCUCCCGGCGGCUAUGAAGGUUCUGGGUGUGAUUCCGGCGUUCGUGUUGAUUCUGGUCAUCGCUUUUCUAGCUGAAAUAUCAGUGGAGUUCCUCAUGAGGUUUACGCGUUCCGGCGAGACGACGACGUAUGCUGGUGUCAUGAGAGAGUCGUUUGGACCCUUAGGAGCAGUGGCAGCGCAACUUUGUGUCGUAAUUACUAAUCUUGGGUGUUUAAUUAUGUACCUGAUUAUUAUUGGGGAUGUGCUUUCUGGAAAUCAACCUGAAGGAGAAGUACACUUGGGUAUUUUGCAACAGUGGUUUGGAAUUCAAUGGUGGAAUUCACGUGAAUUUGCUCUGCUCGUCACCUUAGUCUUCGUUAUGCUUCCACUGGUCUUGUUCCGUCAUGUAGAGUCCUUGAAGUUCAGUUCUGCAAUAUCAACUCUUCUCGCUGUGGCAUUUGUUACAAUAUGUUCUGUAUUGGCAAUCGUUGCUCUUGUAGAAGGAAAAACACAAACCCCAAGAUUGUUUCCUCGUUUGGACCACAACACCUCUUUCUUCGACCUAUUUACUGCAGUUCCAGUGAUAGUCACAGCCUACACAUUUCAUUUUAACGUACAUCCAAUUGGGUUUGAGCUAGCCAAGCCAUCGGACAUGACAACUGCAGUUCGAAUAGCAUUAAUACUUUGUGCGGUCAUAUACUUUUCAAUAGGCCUAUUUGGGUACCUCUUGUUUGGGGAUUCAACUCAGUCUGAUAUUCUCAUCAACUUUGACCAGAGUUCUGAUUCUGCAGUUGGUUCCUUGCUCAAUAUUUUAGUCCGUUUGACCUAUGCAUUUCAUGUUAUGCUGGCGUUCCCUCUCCUGAACUUCUCUCUGAGAGCCAACGUAGAUGAAUUCUUCUUCCCCAAGAAGCCUCUGCUGGCCACAGACACCAAGAGAUUUGUGAUCCUCACUUUAUUGCUGCUAGUCUUCAGCUACGUUGCUGCUAUAGCAGUCCCAGAUAUUUGGUACAUCUUUCAGUUUAUGGGAUCAACAUCUGCAGUGUGCCUUGCCUUCGUCUUCCCUGGUUCUAUUGUUCUAAGGGAUUCUCACGGUAUAUCAACCCGAAGGGACAAAAUUAUAGCACUGGUUAUGGUUAUACUAGCUGUAGCAACAAGUGUGAUUGCUAUCUCCAACAACAUAUACAAGUUUUUCGGGUAGUAAGCAAGAAAUUUGUAUCCUUAUUUUUUCUUUCCUUUUCCUUUUGUCCCAUAUGUAAAAAUUUUGAUUAGGGGGAGAGAGAGAGAAGUCUAGACACCUUUGAUAGUUGAGGUUGAGGCGCUUGUGUUUCUAGGGUUGGUUGUUUUGGAUGUCAUUAUUAUUUGUUUGUUGUAAAAUUCAUUUAUCUAGAACAGAACAGCUAUCUAAAAUAUAAAAUAUGAUGAAGCAUGCAUUUAAUGAUAUGGAUCCAAAUUUCCCAAUUGAAAUACACUGUAUCCAAGAGCAAUCUGAUUGAUAGAUGCCGGUUGUUAAACGUGCAUUGGGACCCA